AUGGCUGAAUCAAAUAAUCUCAUUUCAAUAUCUAAAGUUUUUAAAAAAAAUAUCGACAUAUUUUUUAAAAAUGCAGAUGAGAACAAUACUAAUAAUAAUGAGAUAUAUAAACAAAUUGAAGCAGUUAGUAUCAAAGAGAAAGAAUUCUUUAUUAUAGAGGAGUUUUUCAACUUUGAAGUAUUUAUGAAAGAACAAGAAAAUUUUCUAGUUACUGAAGAGAUUUAUAGUCACUCUAUGGUACAACAAAGUAAUAUUGAAAGCGAGAAAUGGUCUAUUGAUGAUAUAAUUCAAAAUUUAUAA